AGUCUGUUCUUGCACACUUCGCUGUGACUGACCGGAUGUUGAGUGUGUUUCAUUCAAACAGCGUUGUUAUGUAGUGCAGUGAUGUGACUGUUGUAUUUGAGAGAAAGUUGAUUCAUAUUCUCUGUAAAUGUAAUCAGUUAAGUGUGUGUGAUGGCGGCAGGAGGAGCAACGCAGGUGGGAGAUGUGGAGGAGGACGCGUCUCAACUCAUGUUUCCGAAAGAGUUUGAGAAUGCAGAGACGCUGUUGAACUCGGAGGUUCACAUGUUGCUGGAGCAUCGUAAGCAGCAAAAUGAGAGUGCAGAGGACGAGCAGGAGCUGUCCGAGGUCUUCAUGAAGACCCUCAACUACACUGCCAGAUUCAGCCGCUUCAAGAACAGAGAGACCAUCGCCAGCGUGCGCAGCUUACUUCUGCAGAAGAAACUUCACAAGUUUGAGUUGGCAAGUUUAGCCAACCUAUGUCCUGAAGCUGCAGAGGAGGCUAAAGCCCUCACCCCCAGUGAGAUCCUCCAAGUCAGCAAGAAUCUUCAUCAACAUCACCGACAUGUUGGACAACUGACGCUGGAUCUCCUCUCCCGCUGCGCCAUCCAAAUCGAGUCCCCGGUCUGUAGGCCUGUCGGGGCUUUCAUCCUGAACACUUUGGAAGGUCGAUUUGAGGAUGAGGAGUUACAGCAAAUCCUGGAUGACAUACAGACCAAACGCAGCUUCCAGUACUGAGUCGUCGAUAUCUCUCAUUCAGUACUGAAAUCUCUCUUUUCUUUCUUUUUGCUUUCUCUGAUGGCUGUUUAGGGCCUCCACUUUUCUUAUUUUCAUAACUCUUUAUAUGUUGACAACUUUGUUCUUCGGUAGUUGUACUUUUUGUUUAUAAUGUGCUAGUGUUUUAAAAUAAAGUGCUUUGGAUAAUAAUCUUUAUGAUGUGUCUCAUAAAUUACCUGCAGCUGCAACACUGUAUGAUAGAUUUACAUGAUCAAAAUGAACUGAAUAGAAUAAGAAUUUUGAAUCUGAAAGUAAACUAUUAUAUUUGUAUAUGUAUCUAUAUUUUAGAUAAUGUAUUGUUUCCUUUAAGAAAUCGAAGAACUGCUUGUGACAUUCUGUGUCCGUGUAUUUCUUCCCACCAGUGAAUUCAUCUCCUGAUCGAAGAGUGACUGCAAGGAAGGCAGAAUAAAGCAUCCAAAUCGUAUUUUACUAACAGAUAUAUUAGCCAAACCCGGACACGUAUUUUGUGUUUUCUAGAACAAGUUGUUCUUUGUUGUCAUUUUCUAGUAAAACAGCCGUUGUCAAUCAUGGAAACACAUUCUUCCUCUUGCUCCUGUAGCUGAGGCCUGUACCAUGAAGGUCGCUGAAAGAACUCAGGGUUUCAGGUUGACAAAUUCAAACCAAUCCAAGCAGGCUUAACUGGUACCAUGAUGCAGCUCAGCAACUUUCUCGGUCAACUCAAGCUUAGAUCCUGACUUUAACGCUGUUUGAAACUGCCCCCAUCCACUAUUUAGUGCACUAUUUUGGGUGUCCGUCAUUUUGUGUCUGAAUUCUGAGUGAGCCACUCGUUCCCUACUUUUGUUCACUCAUUCUUACCCACAAUGCACUCUAAAUUCGAGUGUACAUUUGACAUUGGCCCUGUCCCAAAUGGCACCCUCCACCCUUGUGGUCUUCCUCUGAGUGCAGACUUUGAUGACGUAAGAGUGCAGACCAUGGGGCACUAGUCAGCAAGUUCAUGAGGGGGCAUGAUUGGUAAAAGUGUGCAUUUGGGACAGACUUCAAUCAGAUGACGCAUU